AUGAAGCUUACUCUUGCGUCCACUGGGUCUCCGAGUCCAUCGGUAUCCCUCGCGGUCCUUGAAAAGAAGGCCACCCUCUCCUCCCUCAUCCUUCAUUGUGGAAACUUCUCAUCCUUGACCUGCACCUUCCGGGCACGCGACCAUUCCACUCUGACUUCCUUCCUCAUGGAGCCUGAUGAGAACACCGAUUUCGUUGACGAAGGCUAUGCCAGCACUUCGGCAAACAGCAGCUAUGUGACGAGUAUAGCAACCGAGAUCCGUGAGGGGAUCGAAGAGUAUGGCUGA